CGUAGAAUAUAGGCAAUGAAUUAUACAUUUAUUUUCAUAGCAUUGUAAUUGUGUAAUAAUGAAUAAUUAAACGAAGGGAUGGGCAAAGUAAGGGACCUUUAAUUGGGGAUUCAGAUGGUAUUCUCCAGCUGUGGGCAGCAGAUGUGUAGUUGAAGGAAUAAGCGCAUUUAUCAUGGGAUAGGCUACGCUAGCUAUUAUAGGCUAUAUGAUGUUGAAGCCCUUUGUUGCAUUUAAUUGGUUGCUAAAUUAGGCAAUAGCCCAUUUAUUUUUCCCCUAUUCAGAUUCCACUUGAAUUGGUAUGAUGAUUUAUUAUACUGUCACAAUGUUUGUGGCUUCAAUGUUCAAAACGGGAACUUGUUGAUCUCAAUAAGUUGUGGCUUAAUAAUUAAUUUAAUGACCGGAGUAGGCUACUAGAGAGGAAACGUUGUUUUAGCCUCAUUACUCAUGUGGUUGUUCGCUUGAACGGAAGACCUGUAUGACCACCGCGGCUCGAACUACCGGCGGGAGCUCUCAUCGUUUCAGGCGGGGGAAGAGCGUUCCUCGUGCGUCUGCAUCAUUUGGUAGAUGAGACGGAACCUUAGCUCUCGAAUAGUCAAUGGAAAUGUAGUGAAAUGUAGAAAAACGUUGAGCGAAGCGGACAGCAAACAAAGACUGCAAUCAAUGUUCCAGCCUUUAAUAUGAAUACUGGUAUGAUGAAAACCCCAGCAAACUCAAACAUACAAUAAAGACACAUUAGAUAGUAUAUCAUAUUGAAGUGGAAGGAAACACCAUACUAAUACUUCUGGAUCCCAGUCUACAAAAUAAGUUCUGACUUCUAUCAUGGAGGUGUCCCAUAUGAACAAUAGUAGUCAUCACGCCUGGUGGAAAGAGAUGCCAUGGGGCGACACAGACGAGUGCCCCACCUCCAUGAGUGGCACAACCUUCCUGAUAGUUGCCUACAGCGCACUGAUUGGGGUGGGCCUUAUCGGUAACAUCUGCCUGGUGUUUGUCAUCACACGGCAGAAGGAGAUGAGGAAUGUCACCAACAUAUUCAUCGCCAACCUGUCAAUUUCUGACAUCCUCAUGUGCAUCGUGUGCCUGCCGGUCACCAUCAUCUACACCCUAAUGGAUCGCUGGAUCUUGGGGGAGGCACUCUGUAAGGUCACACCCUUUGUCCAGUGCAUCUCUGUCACAGUCUCUGUCUUCUCCCUGGUCCUCAUAGCCAUGGAGCGCCACCAACUCAUCAUCCACCCCACUGGAUGGAAGCCUGUUGUGGGCCACUCCUACCUGGCUGUAGCCAUCACCUGGAUGGUGGCCUGCUUCAUCUCUCUGCCUUUCCUCUCCUUCAACGUUCUCACCAACAGUCCUUUCCAGAACAUUAGCCUCCCCUUCAAUCCCUUCACUGACCACUUCAUCUGUAUGGAGCGGUGGCCCUCAGAGCACAAACGACUGGCCUACACCACCUCCCUGCUGCUCUUCCAGUACUGCCUUCCCCUCAUCCUCAUCCUGGUCUGCUACUUGCGCAUCUUCCUGCGUCUCAGACGGAGAAAAUACAUGGUGGAGCGAACCAGGGACAACCGCCAGAAGAAGGCCAAGGGGUCAAAGAGGAUCAAUGCCAUGUUGGCCUCCAUCGUGGCAGUGUUUGCCCUCUGCUGGCUCCCGCUCAACAUCUUCAACACCGUGUUUGACUGGAAUCACCAGGCCAUCCCAUCCUGCCAGCAUGACAUCAUCUUCUCUGCCUGCCACCUCACAGCCAUGGCCUCUACUUGUGUCAACCCCAUCAUCUAUGGCUUUCUCAACAGUAACUUCCAGAAAGAGCUCAAAUCUACCCUAUACCGCUGCCGCUGCUGGGGGGCACCAGAGAGUUAUGAGAGCUUCCCUCUUUCUAUUGUCAGCACAGAAGUCACUAAGGGGUCGAUCUUGAGCAAAGGAUCGAUCAGCAUGAAUGUAUAGUCCCAACCCAUUCAGAUAGGGAGAGCGAAAGUAUAGAACUUGUCAUUGUCUUGACCAUGCAUUGAAGGUUGUCUUGUUGAGAUUUUUGCUGGAGCAAGGGUUGACAGGGGUUGUUCAAAUGAUUCACAUGUCAAUGUUUUUUGUUUCUUAGCAAUCAAUGGUUGACCUCUUCAGUGGGAAUGGAGAGAAACGUGAAAGUAAGAACACUGUGCCCCAACAGUCAUUUUACAGUGUUUUCAAUUAGGUAUGUGUUUUUACACCUUAGAGGAAGUCGAUGAUUUUAUGACGGUGCAAAGGUCUUCUUCACUGCAAGCACUGGAGUAAAAGGUGUGCUUAACACCAACAUAAUAUUGCAAUGUAUUAUUUGGGUCUCUACAGAGCAGUAAUAUUCAAAGUUGGGGUGGGGUCGCGGGAUUAAAAAAAAAAAUGCAACAAAUGUACAAUUAAUUUAUAGGACAAAAUGUAUGCACGCAUGAAUGUAAGUCGCUUUGGAUAAAAGCACCUGCUAAAUGGAAUAUAUAAUAAUAUAUAUUUUUAUUUUUUGAGAAAGAUAAUUUGAAAAAUAAUAUUGAAUUGAGUUAAUGUAUUUAUUGAUUCUCUUAAUUUUGAUAAGAGAGAUGGAAGUUAAUUUAAAGUUAUUUGUUGAUGUAAAAAUAGAAAUUAACCGAUUUAAAGGCUGUCAUUAGAUAUGAGGUGUGGGGUCGCAGAAAUUCUGGCCAAAAAAAAGAGUGUUCCUGCUUGAAAUGUUUGAGUACCACUGCUAUAGAGUGUAGCCAAAUGUGUUGUCAUGAUAGUCAAACUUGCAUGGCAGCACAAAAGUCUUUAAAAUUGACUAUAAUUGAAGGACUUUUAAAUUGACCUUCAACUCCUCUUGGGUUCCACUCACAAAGUCAUGUUUGAAUAAUGUGAGAUUUUCAGAUGGUCCUUUUCUCACAUUUUACUCCUGUUAAUCCUGGAUCAUGGAUAGCUACUGCUAUAAUUGUGUUUUUAUAGAAUUCGCUAUCCUUUCAACACUCCUUUGUGCAAUUCCUUCCCUCAUGCAGAGACUCAUGGAAUAUGCAUGUUAAGGGAUGCCAAGUGCUAACCACUUCCAAUGGUUCAUUCAUGAUAUUGAUGUGGGUUUAAAGGGAUAGUUCUCCAAAAGCAUGUGUUAAUGAUUUCCUUCAUAGAUAGGAAUCAUGUGAUCUUUACACCGGCAAAUGACUUGGCUAAGAUCACACCAUGUCAAUAAAAUCCUCAUAACUGGUUUGUUUGUAAACAGACCCAUGACCGAAUAACGUUAUGGAAUUUGUAUUGAAACAAAACUUUGACAAGGACUGACAUUGAAAACUAGUGAUUUAAGGCACAGUACCUGUCACAGACAUGUUUUGUACCCACCAAUGUUUACUGCCAAAUAUAUUACUGUGCUAGUGGCUGACUUUGAUAAUAAAAUGUGCCAUGCAGCAGCUAUACAUCUAGGGCCAUAUAACAAAAGAAAAGGGGCAGUAAAUGAAUACACUCUGUACUCUGACAGCAGCACAUGGAAUAAUAUCCUACUGUAUAUCCUUGCUCUCUCACUGGGGUCCACUGAGUCUUUGUAUGUACAGUAAUAGAUCUGGUGUGUAGUUUAGCCCUGUGUGGUGUGUAUGGUACCUGAUAUGCCUCUUGUAUUGCAAUGUGGGAUAAUUGGUUUAUAAUAUAAAUGGGAAUAAAUCAUUCCAUCUGUUUACCCUCUAAUCUACUCUUGUAAACACAUUUUCAGCCAUUCCAUUUGGCAGUUACAAGAAUGAUUAUCCAAUAUGACCAAACUGUAACUCAUUCAUGAAUGUGUGCAAUAUUUCCUUUUGCGGGUAAAAUAAAGUUCAGUAUGCCAUAUACAGUAAGUAUUUGCAAAUAUCAUGCCAUGUUUUCUCUAAACAUUUGUAAGCUGGCUGCCUUUUCUUAAAAAUAUAUAAUUCUCAGAACAUUUCUAGGAUGUUUUAAUAAUUUGAGGUCAUAAAUUUGGACAAUUCAAAUUUUGUCAGAUACAUAUAUUUAAAUGUAUGGCUCUGCUUAAUUUUUAUCCAAUGUCUGAAGAACGUUCUCUGUUUACUGGGUAGUUAGCGAUGAGCUUUUAUAAGCCAGAUAAAGUUUUGUACAUUCUAUGUAUUCCUUUCUGCAGGGUUAAUCUUUAUCAACAAAAAAGUUAGAAUGCCAAAAGAUGUUACAGUAGCUUUACAGAAGAUAAAUAAAAAAGUUGUAUUUUAUUGCAUUUCAUGUUUUUCUUUCUUCUUUUCUGUAGGUGCCCUUAGAUAUAUCAAAGCAAUGUCUGUCAGCAUUUUCUCCUUUUCCCCAAUCUAUUUCAUUAUGAUUUAGAGUGAAUCUUUCACAAAAUAAUACAUUUGAUUUUGUAGUGCACUCACAUUUUCUACUACCUUAAAUGCUAUCCACACCCCAAAGGGAAAGUGUUUAUGUUCUUAAACAUGAGCAGACAAUGUUGAUGUAAGACUGUGUGACCCAUACCUGUAAAUCAAUAUCACUACCAAUGGGAAAUGGUUGAGAUCUGUAUGUGGAAAUAUUUAUGUUAAAGGUUGACUCUAAUGAAACUGAAAGAUCCACCCAAACUUAUUGUUUUCACUUUUUGCAGGGUGAUAUAGAUAUGUGUCUUCCAAAUAGAUGAAAAUAAACAUGUAUAGUGUG